GCGACCACGUAUAAAGUCUCCGUCGUGCUUUAAAACGUGCACUCAAAUUUGUACACUAUACUAGUUGUUUAAUAUUAUCAUCUAGCUUUUUGGUAUUUAUUUCAAGUGUUAAUUAAGUUUAUUGUGAAAAAUGUCAUCAGGAGGCGGUUGGGAAGUAGUUGGAAAAAAUAAGAAAGACAAAUCUGGUGUUCGUUCGAAUAAACUGACGAAGGCGGAAAAGAAAAAGUUUAUUGAAAAUGCUCCAAAAGUUGAAGAUUUUUUACCUUUGGACCAAGUGAAGACUCUUUAUGAUAAUUUGGAAGGAAAUAAAGAAAACAAGAAACCUCCCAAAGCAAAGGAGAGUAAAACUAAGGAAAAUGAGGAAAAGAAAAAACAACAAAAGCAGCAGCAGCAGCAACAACAACAACAGUCUGAAAAGAAAAAGGAGACUCCUAAGGAAAAACCACCAAAAUCCAUAGAAGAAGCUCUCAGAGCGAUAAAUGCAUCGGAAGUGGAAGAGAUUUUAACUGCUGGACAAACUCGUUUUCCUGGCGCUCCAUUAAUUUGGCUCAAAGAUUUAGUUGCCUUUCUAAAUAUGAAAAUUCCUUUAGAAGUAAUUGAUCCCAUGUUCAGUGGCAGAGCAGACGAUUAUCCAGCGAGCGUUGUUCCAAAAUCAAUUCGAACAGUUUUAGAGAAAGCCAUUCAAAUCAGCGGUUCACAAAAUGUUCAACUUUUCUACGAAUUUAAUUUAACGGCAAUGGCAACGGAUCUCGUCAAGAAUCAACCAGUGAUUGGUUAUAAAAUUUUCAUUCAACUUCUAACGAAAUUCAAUCCCGGAAUGACAAUCACUAGUAUUCCAAAAUUAGUAACUUUAAGAAAUUCCUAUCAGAAUAGAAAACCAAUUGGCUUGUCGAUAAUUUGGGCACUUUCACAAAGUGGAAAGGAUAAUUUAACAGUGGGUUUGACAGUUUGGCAUCAUGUCAUAUCACCAAUGCUCGAAGCAAAAAAUUACGCCAGUUAUGUUUCGCAAAUACUCAAAGAUUUAAUUACACGUCAUUCAACAGUAAAGAAUGCCGAUGUGAAACCAGAAUUGUAUUUAAAUAUUGUAGAUGAUGUUAUUUCGGGAAAACUAAAUAUCGCUCCUACCUAUGUCAAUGAAUUGAAGCCUUUUAAUGACAAGCUAAGAGAAAUGGUUUUUAAGUCACCAAAUUUGAAGUGUCGUUCUUUAUUCGAAACGUUGAUGGCAAAAUUGACUCCAAAGAGUAGUGCUAAUUAUAGAGAAGAAAUUGUUCAAGCACUGGUGGCUUGUUUAAUUAAAGACUCUCAGUGCUUUAAUGUUUGGAAAAAUAUGUACAAUAAGAAUUUAUAUCAGUCUGAUUUACUUUUAAAAAAUAUUAAUGCCCACUGGGAUACUCUAAAAGUAAUUAACAAAAACAAUUCGUUUUUGGAGAUGCUUGAGGCCUUACAGAGUACGCACAAGAAGACUAAAAAAAAUAAAGAUAUUCUCGGUGGGGAGUGCAGUAAAACCUGCCAAAUAUUACUAAAGAAAAUGACAGCGAAAUCCAGUAGCGGUUUUCCUUGGAAAAAAGGAUGUUUCAUUCUAUUAUUAUUAAUUGGUUCUCUUUUGGCAUUUGAUUGUCGAAAAAAUGGUUCCUUCGAAGCAUCUAGAACAAAUAAAUUUUUGAAAGAGAGUGGAGUAUGUAUGUAUGGUCAAAAAGUUUGGACUUCAACUAAAACUUAUUCCAAUGACGGUCUCAAGUAUAUUGAAACUAGAUUCCCUGACUAUUACAAAUCCACUGUGGAGUUCACGGCACCAUAUGUCAAAUUAGGGAAUGAUGUUUUUAUUCUAGGCAAGAACAUAUCGAUUAAAUUAUACGAUAAUACUGCUUCUUAUGUGAAGGAAAAAACUCCCGUUGUUGUUGCAACCAUCGAGCAAUAUGCUCCAGGAAUGUUGGAAACAAUAGAGAAGCAAAGCAUCAAAGGCUUGGAGUUUAUUAAGCAAUCAUCAACUUAUCUUUGCGAGCAGUUCGUUGAUCGUUCUGUGAUGAUGGUAAAGUGGGUGGAAACAAACGUACUCGUAGGAAAAUUGAGUCCACAAAAUCUGCAGAAAUAUGCGAGUCAAGCGAUAGAUACGACACAAACAUUUGCAAGUCAAACGUACGAUUGGAUCUAUGAAAAAGUGCAAACACUAUCGAAAGUUCAAUGAAAGAAUGUAAAAGAAGAUCAGCUUCUGUAGCCAACAGUCAGCUACCAAAUUCCCUUCAUACCUCAAGCAUUUAUUCAUUAGAUUCCAAGAGUAUAGAUAAUUGUACAAUUUAUUAUCAAUUUUUUUUGUCGCGGUCAUUUUACCUGUGAUAUUCCAAGAAUGUACCCCGAUUCAACGUCUCUAUCUCUUCUGCGAUUAUUGGCGAAAAUGCAAUGGCAAAAAAGAAAAACGUGCCAUUUUUUAGAUUGACUAUACCACCCAAGGAAUCAUCAAAGAAAAAAAAACAUCGUGUCAAAGUAUUUUGUAUGUUGUUUGAGUAAAAAUCUAAAAAAAUAAAUGACUUUUCAUAAAAAAAUACACACAAAAGAAAAGAACAAAUAA